CCCGCCCCGCGCGCUUGUCCCGGCAUCCCUGGCUGCGGGCGGCGGAAGAGGUUUACAGCAGUGGCAGCACCCAUGGCUGGUCCCCUGUGGCGGGCCACAGUCUUUGUGCAGAGACACAGGACAGGUCUCUUGGUGGCUUCCUGUGCCGGCCUGUUUGGGGCUCAAAUUUCAUACCACCUCUUCCCAGAUCCUGUGGUGCGAUGGCUGUACCAGUACUGGCCACAGGGCCAGCCUGCCCCACUCUCCCCAGAGCUGCAGAAACUUUUGCAAGAGGUGCUACAGGACAUAGGCAUUCCCUCGAGCCAUUGCUACAAGGCCUUCACCACCUUCACCUUCCAGCCUGUGAGUGCCGGCUUCCCACGACUUUCUACUGGGGCAGUGAUGGGAAUCCCUGCCAGCUUCCUGGGUGGCCCAGUGAUCAACACUGAUCAUCCUGUGAUUGUACAUGGGCACAGAGUGAACUGGCAGAGCCCAGCAGGCACCAGACUGAGAGAUGCCCUGAUUCUGUCCCAUGAUGCCCAAAAGUUCGCCUUAUCCAGGGAAGUGGUCUACCUGGAGAGCAGUGCAGCUGUCUUGCAGGCCCUGCCAGCCCCAGCUUCCCUGGCAGGAACUUGGGCACUUACUGUGGGUGCCAAGCAUGCCCUGGGGCUCUAUGGAGGCCCUAUGAGCUUACGGGCAGCCUUCAACUUAGUGGCAGCCGUGGCGGGCUUUGUAGCCUAUGCCUUCUGCACAGACUCCCUUACUCUUACUCUGGAAGCCUGGCUAGACCGCCGCACAGCCACCCUGUCUGCAGCCCAUGCCCGAGGUGGAGUGGAAUUCUAUGAGAAGGUUCUCUCUGGGAACCUUGCCUUGCGCAGUCUUUUAGGCAAGCAAGGGGAGAAGCUGUAUACACCCAGUGGCAACAUCAUUCCCAGACACUGGUUCCGCAUCAAACAUUUGCCCUAUACAACCCGCCGGGACUCUGUACUACAGAUGUGGAAGGCAACACUCAAACCUAGCCACUCUUGAGGGCUCAUCUCAAAGACAGUUCCAGCUGGUGCAGGACCGUCUUGCCAUUGGGGGACUCUCGGUGCCUCUGUGCCCACAGCCCAGUGUCAGGGAAAGCAGACUUCAGAGUUAACCAGUCUAGAUUUUACCCCACCCCACCACUUACGACCUCAGGGACUUUGGCACAGUCCCUUUAUGUAUCUGAGCCUUGUUCUCCCCAAUUGUAAAAUGAGGAUGAUGUAAACUAUCGCACAGAAUUGUAAGGUGAGAUCAUGAACAAGUGGGCCCAGCAGGAAAGACCUGCCAUAAAUAAACA